UGUGAUAAAUCCGUUCAAAAACAAAUAAAAUGAGGUUAGUGUUAUGAGGUUAUACGAGAUUUUUUGGUACAUUAGCCAAAAUCAAGUAAAAUAAAGACAAUUUUUGUUAUUUAUAUUUCAUAUUAUGAUUUAAAAUACUGAGAAAAUAUAAAAUGGCUCAAUGGAUAGGGUGCAUGGUAUCAAUAGAAAGUGUAAAGGGCACUUAUCAGGGAGAAAUUGUUGCAGCAACAGGUAGUGAAAUUACAGUAACCAAAGCUUUUUGUGACGGAAUACCUUGUGAUCUCCCAGCAGUUACUAUAAGAGCUGAAGAAAUAUCAGAUCUAAAAUUGAUAGAAAAACAAGAAAGUCCCGCUGGUCGCAGUACAGUUGUUGUUGCUAAACCUGUUCCAAAACGUAUAGGACGAUCAACGUCAGAAAGUUCUUCAGUAACUAAGCUAAAUACAAAUAUUAAUAAUCUUAAGUCUCGACCGAUUGAUAUUGAUACUAGGAAUAACAGUCAGGAUUCACAGUACUAUAAAAACUUUACUCCAAAUAAAAAAGAUAAAACAAAAGGCAAAUGGAACAAAGGUUGGAAAGAUGAAGCAUGUUUCGGAUCUCCAUUAGACAGUACAAUAAAUAAAGAUUUUGAUUUUGAAAAGAAUUUGGCCUUAUUUGAUAAACAAGCAAUUUGGGAUGAAAUAAACUCACAAAAGCCUGAUGUAGUGAAACAGACAGACCAGAAUAGGAAGCAAAGUAAAUACAGGCAUGAUGAGAAUAUCUUAGCUACGUUACCAACAGCCUUUCGUCAAAUUACAGUUCCAAAGCAUGAGUUUUUCGAGUUUGUUACUGAUGAUGGGCUUAUAAUCCCUAGUAUUUCAAGAUCAUUACGAAAUAAAUUGUGGACAGUUGCAGAUAGAGUUGGUCUAACUGCUGAAAGAAGAAUAGAACUUAUGGGAAGAGCUGCCACAGAAAUGGCCCUUCAAUUGCUUGGUGGUGGUCAUAGAUUAAAUCCACAUAAUAGUCACCAAUUUCCAACCGUUAUAAUUCUUUGUGGUCCCCAUGAGCAAGGAGCCUUUGGAGCGAAUGCCGCCAGACAGCUGGCAACCCACGGUGUAAAUACUGUACUUUACACAACUGUAGCUGAUUCUCCUAAAACUAAACAAGAAAUCGAUUUGUAUAGACUCACUAAUAACAAAACAGUUUCGAACGUGUCGCUUUUACCAAAUUAUGCCGAUCUCAUUAUAGUAGCAUUGUGUCAGGAUUGUGAUUCCCCGAUGGUUUAUGAUACAUUAGCGGAUUGGACAAAUAGAAAUAGAGCUCCGGUUUUGGCUCUUGAUCCUCCUUCGGUCGGAACUCCUGGUAUCUUAACGAAAUUUUCUCUUGUUCCUGUCCUGCCUUUUGCUCAUUCUCCAGAAAAUGGGAAAGUUUAUCUCUGUAAUCUGGGGUUUCCAGUUGAGAUUUUUAACGAAGUUGGAAUAAAAUACAUGUCGCCUUUUGGUUCUAAAUUUUUUAUAGCCUUGCAUCCCAAAGAGGAAGAAUGUUAAUAUAGAAAUUAAGGCAAACGUAUAAAUUUUUGACUUGGUGAUAUUGGAAGCGUCAUACUUAUGUAUACAGGGUGUUCCGUUUUGUGUAUUUAAUUGGGUUUCUGAAAUUUAUAAUUAAAAAGACAUUCUCCUGUUGAAAUGCUCAUAAAUGUUA